AUGCGGUGGAAAUACGGCAUUUAUACGGUGUGCGCUGCGGGCGCUGCGGUUGUGAGCGCGCAGAAGACGCCUUUCCAAUAUGUGGAUCCACUAAUUGGAACGGUAAAUGGAGGCCAUGUCUUCCCUGGUGCGACGCUGCCUUUCGGCAUGGCGAAAGCAUGUCCGGACACAGACGCCGACGAAAACCAAGGCGGCUUUAGCUCAGACAACAGCUCAAUCAUAGGCUUUUCGCAUAUGCAUGACUCUGGUACAGGAGGAGCUCGUAGCUUGGGAAACUUCCCCAUCUUCGCCCAGGCAGGCUGUCCGAAUGGCGACAUUAACGCGUGCAACUACACUUCUUGGGAGCGCGCUACGCCAAGAAUCAACGGAACAGUACAUGCCAAACCCGGCUACUUCGACAUCACGAUUGCAUCAGGAGUCCGCGCCGAGAUGACCACCACUAAUCGCACGGCGUUAUAUCGCUUCACAUUUCCCGAGGCACCUUUAACCCCCAACACCACGCUUAGCCCGCUGAUAUCCCUCGAGCUCCAGGAUCUCCCCAACACGAGAACCAAUGCCUCCAUCAACAUCAAUGGACAAUCAGGGCGCUUGACUGCCGGCGGUUCGUUCUCUCCUAGCUUUGGGAUAGGGCGCUAUUCUUCCUUCGUAUGCGUAGAUUUCAAGGGUGCGACAAUCAAGGAUGCUGGCGUGUUUUCAAACUCGCGUGCGACGACAAAGGUGAAGUCACUCAAGGCUAUCACUGAGACAGAACGAUAUGCCGAGCGUCCAGCGGGUGGCUUCGUACAAUUCGAGAAGCCUACCAGCAAUAACCAGAUCCUCGUGCGCGUCGGACUGUCUUUCCUUAGUGAGACACAAGCUUGUCGCAACGCCGAGCGAGAGCAGGCUGAUUUCGACUUCGAUGGCACCGUCGCAGCUGCUGAAAAGGUGUGGACCGAGAAGUUUGAUGUGAUCAAGAUCGUGGCUGGAGGUGCGAGCGAGGUCAUCCAGACGGCGUUCUGGAGCGGCGUGUAUCGCAGCAUGAUCAGCCCGCAAGAUUACACUGGAGAGAAUCCGCUUUGGAACUCCAACGAGCCAUACUAUGACAGCUACUACUGCAUCUGGGACAGUUUCCGUAGUAUACAUCCAUUGAUUACGCUGCUGGAUCCGCACAGCCAGACGCUGAUGGUAAGGAGUCUCUUGGACAUAUAUAAACACGAGGGAUUCCUGCCGGACUGCCGGAUGAGCUUCUGCAAAGGCUUCACUCAAGGCGGCUCGAAUGCGGAUAUCGUCAUCGUGGAUUCGUAUAUGAAGAACAUAACGCACGGCAUCGAUUGGAAUUUAGCAUACGAAGCUGUCGUCACAGACGCCGAAGUCGAGCCUCCGAAUUGGGAUAUUGAAGGACGUGGAGGUCUCGAAGCUUGGAAAACUCUUGGGUACAUCCCGACCGAAAACCUUGACCUUCAAGGCGUGGGUACCGAAACGCGCUCCAUAUCACGGACCGUCGAAUAUGCCUACAACGACUUCGUCAUCGCCACUCUGGCUCUUGCCCUCGGACACACCGCAGACUACAACAAGUAUCUCCGCCGCUCAGGCAACUUCUAUAACAUGUUUAAGGCUGACCAAAACUCGACCAUUAAUGGGACCGAUACCGGCUUCACGGGUUUCUUACAGCCACGCUAUAUGAACGGCACCUGGGGCCUGCAAGAUCCCAUCUUCUGCAGCCCGCUCUUGGACUUCACUGGAUGCUAUCUCAACCCGAGCGGCCGUGAGACAUACGAAGGCCCUGUAUGGCUAUACACGUUCUUCGCGCCCGGCGACAUGAAGACGCUGAUUAAGACGCUCGGCGGCGCCGACACCUUCGUCAAGCGCUUGGAUUUCUUCCACGAUUCAGGCAUGGCUUACAUAGGAGAUGAGCAAGCCUUCCUCAAAGUCUUCCUGUACCACUACGCGGGUCGUCCGGCGAAGUCUGCAGAGCGCGCACACUUCUACAUUCCAAGCCAGUUCAACGACACCAUUAAUGGUAUCCCAGGUAACGAUGACAGCGGCGCCAUGGGCUCCUUCGAAGCCCUUACCAUGAUGGGCAUCUUUCCCAAUGCCGGGCAGGACGUGUACUUCAUCACGCCUCCGUUCUUCGAGUCGGUGUCGAUCACGAACGGGCAGACGGGUAAGACGGCGACUAUCAAGAACGUCAACUUCGACCCCUCGAAUAAAAACAUAUACAUCCAGUCUGCCACACUUAACGGGAAGGCAUAUACGAAGAAUUGGCUGCAGCAUAGUUUCUUCUUGGAGGGAGGAACACUGGAGUUGACACUUGGCGCGGCUGAAAGCGCGUGGGGAACAAGGCCGGAGGACGUGCCACCGAGCUUGAGCGCGUUUGGCAAUGGGACGACGGAGGAGAGGAGGUGGGAGAUGCCACAGGUUCCGCAGUUGGAUAUUGGAAGUUGGUAG